AUGUUCGCACCUUUCCACCUUUCGAUCUUCCGCUCCCCUCCAGGACUCAGACGCGCCAUGAUACCUCUCCGGUUCGCCAUACAAAGGCCGACGCCUCAGGAGGCACUAUCAUGCUCACGGUGCCUGAUUCGAUCCAGGAUCAGUCGCCCGUCUGCGAUUCGUGGAUUCCUAUCAUCCUCACAUCGGCAAAACGGGAUCGCCGAGAACCAGAUCUCCGCCCUCCAAAAGACAUACUUUUCUCCUAAUCGGGCUCAGGAUGGCUCGGUUAAGAGAUUAGCAUUUCAUUCCUCCUCUGCAUCUGCCAAUUCCGUGAACUCAUCAACGUCACAAUCUGCAAGCAAUGCGCCUCAAAGCUCGACCAAUUCAGCCCCAUCUGGGUCAAUUGCACCAGAAUCUCAGAAUCAUGAGCUUCCACAUCGACGGAGGAAGCGAUUGAAGGAACUUGAAAUAGAAAAUGGCAAAGAAGAACACGCCAUCUCGCCCGAUGCAUCGGCUCAAUUAUCAAAUUACUCAUCCGCUCUUCCCUCCACCUCGAUACGCCGGAAAUUUGCAGCCUACCUCGCCUUGACAAAACCCCGGUUAUCUUUCUUGAUUCUCCUCAGCACAACAUCUGCUUACAGCAUGUAUCCUAUCUCAUCUCUGCUCACCCUUGACCCGGCAAUGACACAACUCCCCACUCUCUCAACCUCGACCUUGACUUUCAUAUACUUGACCAUCGGUACGUUCCUAGCAAGCUGCAGUGCCAACACAAUGAACAUGGUAUUUGAACCUAAAUUUGACGCGUUGAUGUCCCGCACCCGAAACCGCCCACUAGUUCGGGGACUAAUGUCCCGCCGCGCGGCUGUGUUCUUCGCUAUUGGCACUGCAGCUGUUGGUCUCGGAUCGCUAUACAUUGGAACAAAUCCUACUGUUACUGCUCUGGGCGCAGCGAACAUUGUGCUCUAUGCAUUCAUAUAUACGCCUCUAAAGCGCAUCUCUGUCAUUAACACAUGGGUUGGAGCGCUGGUAGGAGGCAUUCCCCCAUUGAUGGGUUGGGUUGCAGCUGCUGGACAAGUAGCAACAACAGGUCAUGACACCUGGCGCGACAUGCUCUUCAGCGAAGACAGCAUUGGCGGUUGGCUCCUCGCUGGAAUUCUGUUUGCGUGGCAAUUUCCACACUUCAACGCACUCUCCCAUACUAUCCGUGAAGAAUACAAGGGUGCCGGCUACCGGAUGUUAGCAUGGGUUAACCCGGCCAUGAAUGCUCGUGUCGCAUUAAGGUACUCUGUACUCAUGUUCCCCAUCUCAAUUGGCCUUUGGUGGAUUGGUACCGUUGGCCAUGGGUUUUUGGUUGGAAGUACAAUCGCCAAUGGAUGGCUUGUCCGCGAGGCUUACCGCUUCUGGAAGCACCAGGGUACCCAAGGUACCGCCCGUGGCCUUUUCUGGGCUAGUAUUUGGCAGUUGCCUAUUCUUCUUGUCGGAGGUAUGGUGACAAAGAAAGGCCUGUGGGACGGCAUCUGGCAAAAGAUCUUCGGCCAUCCCGAGGAGGACGAUGAUGAAUAUUUUUAUUAUGAAGACGAAGAAUAG